UCUCGUCCCUCAUAAAUAAGAACACCCCAUUCGCCGUCGCUCCUCCUCUCUUCUCUCACUCCGUUUAAGAUUGGCGAUGAUGAUGUAGAUAAAUACUGUUCUCGGUGGUCUUUAUAGAGAGCAUUGUUGUUGAUUUCGAUCUUCGUUUCUUUUUUCCAUUUUUUGUGUCGGAUUUCCGAUUAGGGUUUGUUGGGAUAGGAUUAGGGUUUAGUGGUUGGUUGUGAUUCUUGAGUGUGGACUCUCCUUGCGUUGUUGAAUCGAUGGACAAGAAGAAGGUGGCGGUUCCUCUUGUGUGCCACGGCCACUCCCGGCCGGUUGUCGAUUUGUUCUACAGCCCCGUUACGCCGGACGGGUUUUUCCUCAUCAGCGCGAGCAAGGAUGCAAGUCCAAUGCUGAGAAAUGGUGAGACUGGAGAUUGGAUUGGAACUUUUGAAGGGCACAAAGGUGCAGUCUGGAGCUGUUGCCUCGAUACCAAUGCUUUACGUGCUGCUAGUGGAUCAGCUGAUUUUUCAGCAAAAGUAUGGGAUGCCAUAAUUGGGACUGAAUUGCACUCCUUUGAGCAUAAGCACAUAGUCCGAGCAUGUGCUUUCUCUGAGGAUACACACCUGUUGCUGACAGGUGGGAUUGAGAAAAUUUUACGAACAUUUGAUUUGAACCGUCCAGAUGCACCUCCACGAGAAAUUGAUAAGUCACCUGGCUCGAUUAGAACUGUCGCUUGGCUUCAUAGCGACCAGACAAUUUUAAGUUCCUGCACUGAUAUCGGAGGUGUGAGGUUGUGGGAUGUAAGAAGUGGAAAAAUUGUGCAAACACUUGAAACCAAGUCACCUGUUACCAGUGCUGAAGUUAGUCAAGAUGGUCGUUACAUUACUACUGCUGAUGGCUCUAGUGUCAAAUUCUGGGAUGCAAAUCAUUUUGGACUUGUAAAGAGCUACAACAUGCCAUGCACUGUGGAAUCAGCGUCCCUGGAACCCAAGGAUGGGAACAAAUUCGUUGCUGGAGGAGAGGACAUGUGGGUUCACGUCUUUGAUUUCCACACUGGCGUAGAAAUCGCUUGUAACAAAGGUCACCAUGGACCGGUUCACUGUGUGCGCUUCUCCCCGGGUGGUGAGUCAUACGCCUCUGGAUCCGAGGAUGGGACCAUAAGAAUUUGGCAGAUGGGUCCAACCGCAACAGAUGAUAAUGAGCCUUAUGGCACAAAUGGGCCAACCGGGAAAGCAAAAGUUGGGGUCAACGAGGUUUCUCACAAGAUUGAGGGCUUCCACAUCACCAAGGAUGGUCCCAGCGAGAAAUCAACAGUUACCUGAAGUGCCUUAUUCCACUGGGUACGUUUACAUGCUAUGGUUUAUCCACUGGUUCGCAUUAUCUAAGUGCCUUAUUCCACUGGCUCUGAUGCGUCAAGCAUGAUGGGAUUUUUAGGUUAAGCAGCCCCUACGAGAUAACUGAUAUCUUUCGCUUUUGAUAUAAAUUUGUUGAUUUAUGUGGUGAUGUUCUGUCUGGAUAACUCUGUACCUCCUCUUUUACGUUGUCAAGAAGCUUACUUUGUUAG